GUGGAACUCUCAGCUGUUUCCUGCCUGUUUGUUCCACGCGAGAAAUGGGGGGCAGAGAAUGUUGCGUGAUUAGCUGUGGGAGCAGCUCCCACGACCACCAGGGCAGGAUGUUCCUGAACGGCCUGAGCUUCCACUGCUUCCCUGCGUGGAGAACGAAGGAAGGCGACUUUAUAUCGGAGCUAACGAGGCGGCGGAGAGACGCGUGGGUGACCGCCGUGGGCCGCAGAGAAAUCACCUUCGACCGCAUCCCGUCCUCCAUGAGAGUCUGCUCCAGACACUUUCUGUCUGGAAAACCAGCAUAUGAGAUGCUGGACUCGGAUCCAGACUGGGUGCCGUCUCUACACCUGGGUCAUGAUGGUGAUGAUGAAUAUGAAGAAAAGUCCUGGAAUAAAAGAAGAAGGUUGUCUUCGGAUGAGAAACCAGUAGAAGGAGCAGAUGGUGCUGCUGAAGCCAGGAAGCCUCCUCCGCCUGCGUGGAAAGAUGUGAAAUCUGCCCUGCAGUCUCUUCUGGAGGGUAAAACCAUCAUCAGUCAGCAGCAGGGAGACGAUCAGCAGAACCAAGGCGCUGAGACGAGGACCGACUCCAGCUUCCGGGACUUCUUCAGGAACGCUCUGGAGUCGUCUCUGGAGGCCUCCAUCCAGGCCAGAGCUCGCUCUAAGAGUCGGUCGCCGUCCACAGAGUACGAAGUGGAGCUGAACGUCAAGCUUCCAUCUUCUCCAGGAGAACCGUCUGCUCUAGAAGAGCCAUCCUCUUCACAGCCAUCCUCUUCACAGCCAUCCUCUUCACAGCCAUCCUCUUCACAGCCAUCCUCUUCACAGCCAUCUUUUUCACAGCCAUCUUUUUUACAGCCAUCUUUUUCACAACCAUCCUCUUCACCGUCGUGUGCGAACUGCUCCACGAUGCUGCAGAGGAUUCGAGAGCUGGAGCAGAAGCUGUUUGAAGUCGCCAGCAGACAUAAGUUCAAAGUGCUGAACAGACCCAAGCAAACGAUCACAGAGGAGACCAGACCCUCUGGGGAAGAGGGUGAGUCGACGGCUCACGUUGGACCAGUUCAAGCCACUCCUUCCACCUCCCGCCCUCCUCGUCCUCCUCAGCGCCGCCGCCACUGCUUCAGGAAGGAGUGGGUCAAGAUCUUCCCGUUCCUCCGGUACUCUCCAAGCCUCAACAUCAUGUGGUGCCACGUGUGCCGCGUUCACGCGGACUCGUUCUGCCAGAACCAUCGUCUGAUCAAAGGCUCCAAUCAUUUCACCAAGUCCAGCAUAAGGAAGCACACCAACUCCGCCUACCACCAGCAGAACAUGCAGCGCUUCCUGUGGAGCAGCCACACGCCGCUCGAGGAGCCGUCGGGUCCGUCGGGUCCGUCAGAUCCACCCGCGGAGCCACAAUCAUAAUGAAGAAGCAAAAACAAAGGCUCCGGAAAAGUUUUUACUGAAUAAGCUCAACAGCAUAAUAGACAAAGCGUUAAAAAUGGAUCCUUCUGUUGGUUUGCAGUUUUUGUGUGGUACAUUGGUGAAUGUUUUUCCUGUCAGAUCAGAACCUUUUCGAGGCCUGAAACAUCUGUGCAAAGUACCGAAACAACAUGGUACUUUGCACAGAUCGAUUCCAUCGAUUCGCUACUUUCUGAUCUUCCUGGUGAUUCUACAACUUCUGAACGAGAGAAACUGGAGCUGAGUGGUUUUUGAGGACUAAAGUUUUGGAAAAUACAUUUGUGUUUUUUCACCACACACUCCUUUGUUUACAUAUUCUAGAGUGAUGUCAGCGGACCUAGAGCUGCCAUCUUGUUUGCGGAGCGUGUUCUACUGCUCUUUAUUUAUUUGGACGUUGAAUUCAGGUCAACUUUACAACAGAAUAUUAGUAUGAGGCUAAGUUUAUUUUUGUUUAAAGUAUAAUAAUGCCAUAAUAUUAUAGGAUUCCCAUUUUUUUGAGUAACGUCAGCGCACCAAGAGCCGCCAUCUUGUUUGUUAAAUGUUACAGCUUCUCUUGAUUUCAGGUCAAAUACGUCGAAAUAUUUUAGGUCAGGCUAUGAUAUUUUUAUUUUAGUUAUGAGAAUAAAUAUUACAAAAAUACAGUCUUAGCCUGCCUGGCGCCCCCCAAGAUGUCGCCCGUAUCAGAAACCUCAACCGGAUAAGAUAAUACUUCACCUUUUAACACAUCAGCGUCAAAUUAUUGGGACUUUGAAACAAUUGAGCAAUGACUAAGUCUAAGAAAGAAUAACAAACUGGACUGGUCACGUCUGAUAACUAAGCCAAUUUUUAUCAUUUUAAGAAUUUAUUUGUGAUAAACUUGUCUUUUUCUGCUAAUACUGUGAAUAUAUUAUUAUUAAACAAAUUCUCUUGUAGAUGGCCCUGAUGUCCGUAGUACCACUCCAAGAAGAAAAGAUAUUUUCUAUCAUUUUGAGGUUCUUUUUCUUCUUUUUAGAAAAGAAAGCGGUCAAUAAAAAACAUCAAGUGAAAUCGGAUCUGGUAUGAAAAAAUGUGGAGAUAUUAUUUUUAAACCUAGAAACAUUCCUGAAAUCGAUCAAAUCAACUUUUGAAACGUCACCAACUCUGGGUCAGUUACCAUGGUAACAAACCCCGAUAACAGCCGAAGCAGGUUGUUACGAUACUACUGACCAGGUCGUUGUGUUAGCCGGGAAGCUAAAGCACUCAAUUCACACAUAAUUGGAUCCAUGGAAACGUCCAUUUUGGUUAAAUCAAUGGAGACUAAAAGAACCGUAUCCCAAAGGGAAAACAAAUGGUUCCGAUUGGAGCCGUCUGUGUUAAGAGCUAGUAAAGCUAACGUCCGGUUCUCACAAUGAUGGCUGCUGCUGCUGUUUUUCACUCGGGUGUUUCUCACUUCCUGUUAUGAUCCUGGAUUAGAAGAAUCUGUGAGCUGCUGCCGUUUUGGUGAGAAAGUUCAUAUUUUCUGACUAAAUCUGUGAAAUACGGAAGCAUUCAACUGUCAAAGCUUAGAAAUAAAUUCUGGAGCACUAAGAAUAAGAAAGGUGGUAACAGUAAAACAGAAAUGCCUCUUGUGACUUUUUUUUAAAAACAUGUAUAAUAAAUUUUGCAUUUCGUUUGGAGACACUUCACCUGAAUUUAUUUCCAAGCUCUGGCAGUUAAAACCAUUAAGCUGUGAAUUUAUGACACUAAACCUUUUAUUUUAUUUUAAAAGUGCAUUAAAGAAAGACAUUAAUGGAGUUGA